AUGGGAAUUUUACAUGACGAUGUUGUGAUAAUUAAAGAAGCAGAGAAAGAAGGAAACCCAACUAUUAUUACCGUGAAUUGUCCUGACAAGACUGGUCUUGGUUGUGAUUUAUGUCGUAUCAUUCUCUUCUUUGGCCUUAGCAUUGUUAGAGGAGAUGUUUCUACGGAUGGGAUUUGGUGCUACGUAGUGUUUUGGGUGGUUGGCAAAUCAACAACAAGGUGGGGUUUAUUGAAGAAGAGACUAGUAGAGGCAUGUCCUUCAUGUUCUUCAGCUUCCUGGAUUUCUUAUUACCGUGCAGAAUUGCAGCCUCCAGGACCACCUGAUGUUUUCCUCUUGAAGUUAUCUUGUCUUGACAGAAGAGGACUUUUGCACGAUGUGACCGCGGUGCUUUGUGAACUUGAACUCAUUAUAAAAAAAGUGAAGGUAUCCACGACGCCAGAUGGCAGUGUGAUGGACCUAUUCUUCAUUACAGAUACCAGGGAGCUCCUGCAUACAAAUAAGCGAAAGGAGGAUACAUAUUAUCACUUAAAAGCUGUUAUGGGAAAUUCCUUGAUAAGCUGUGAAAUAGAAAUGGUUGGCCCUGAAAUUACUGCAUGUUCAGCGGAAUCUUCAUUUCUGCCAACUACAAUCACAGAAAACAUUCUCCCCUUGAAAAUACCAGAUGAACUCCCCAGUUCACUAACUUCAACCAGUGUUUCUGUCAUAAUGGACAACUCGCUGAGUCCAGGUCACACCCUCGUUCAAAUUUUGUGCCAAGAUCACAAAGGUCUUCUUUAUGACAUAAUGAGAACUCUAAAGGAUUACAACAUACAGAUUUCAUAUGGGCGCUUUUCCAUAAAACAUGGAAGGACCGGUGAGAUUGACUUGUUUAUCGUGCAAACCGAUGGGAAGAAAAUAGUUGAUCUUAGCAAGCAGAAAGCAUUGUCUGCUCGUUUGGAGAUGGAACUGGUGCGCCCUCUGCGAGUAGCCAUUGCCAGCCGUGGUCCUGAUACUGAGCUGCUGGUGGCAAAUCCUGUGGAGUUAUCCGGCAAGGGUCGGCCUCUUGUUUUUCAUGACAUCACUCUUGCUCUGAAGAUGCUUAACACUUGCAUUUUCUCGGCUGAGAUUAGGAGGCACAUGAUCGGAGAUAAGGAAUUUGAAGUGUACAGAGUCUUACUCGAUGAAGGGGAAGGCUUGGCUGUUCCAAGAAGCAAAAUUGAGGAACAAGUUUGGAAGAUGUUAAUGGGUUGGGAGCAAUGA